GGCUACAGUUCAACAUUUAAGCGGAAACGGACAGUGGAAGAUUUCAACAAGUUCUGCACUUUUGUGCUCGCAUAUGCCGGUUAUAUUCCUUAUCCACAGGAGAAAGUGCUGUCAGUGUUGCAGGGUGAAGUGGCCUUGCUUUCCUCAAGAUCAUUCAACGAUCUGACACUUUGUCCUCCAGAGGUUCCUAUCCAUGGCAGUGUGCAUUGGGUGUACAUGGCACACCUCUUAUGAGCUGCUUUGCUGCUGAUGCUCUUGUUUGAUCCACAGAAAUGGUGGUUGCUCUUAUGUCAUGGCCGCUGAGAGACAUCCCCCCCUCCAAAAAAACCUCAGCCCUCCCUCCCAGGGAGGCGCACAUGAGGAACAGCUCUAGUCCUCCCAACAGCACCGGCAGCACUGCAGACAGCGACGGAUGGGAGAACCAGAGGCUGGGCUGCAGCCUCUCGUCUCCGGAUGAGCCCCCACCCAAAAACCGCAAGAGCUUUGCUGGAUUCCAGAGACCCGCGAGCGAGGAUUCCAAGCCUCAGAAGCAUCCGAAAUCAGCAGGUCUUCUUCUCGAGGGUCGAACAAAGGCAGAUAAAGUGAAAAAGAAGAAGAAGUUGUUGAGGAAAAGCAAGGAUGAGGAUUUGAGUUCUUUCGCCCCAUUUUCUCCUCCUAGUGCGGAAGGUGAGAUUCCUACUUAUGGAUGUACCAUCAAAGAAGAACCAGAAGAUUACCUCAGCAUCCCUGUACCCACUUAUUGCAUGGGUAGCAGCCACCCUAUGCACACUGGCCCAAGUUCAAAACCUGCCUUGAUUUCACCGUGUACUGCAACGUGCAAAGAGGAGUCUGAUGUUUGCCGUCCUUGCUGGAACGGUUCUAAAAGUUUAAGUCCAAAGUCAGAGGAUGUCGAGAAACCCUUAAAACUGGAAGAAGAGGCAGAAGUCUUGAAGGUCGAAGGUUUUUCUGGUAAAAGGACUGUAGUCCGUCAGGGCAAACAGGUGGUGUUUAGAGAUGAGGACGGAUCGGGGGAUGAUGAGGACAUCAUGGUGGAUUCAGAUGAUGACUCCUGGGACCUAGUGACAUGUUUCUGCAUGAAGCCGUUCGCCGGGAGGGCAAUGAUCGAAUGCAACCAAUGCAACACCUGGAUCCACCUCUCAUGUGCCAAAAUCCGCAAGUCCAACGUUCCCGAGACGUACAUCUGCCAGAGGUGCAAAGACUCAAAGUUUGACAUUCGGCGCUCCAAUCGCUCACGAAUGGGCUCUCGAAAACACCUCCUCGACUGAUGCCGCUCUGUCCGUUCUGCCCAUCCACAUGUACAGAAACUCGUAAAAUUGUCUACUUUAAGACGAGACUUAAUGAGCUCAGAGGAGGAAGGGCUCAGUGACCUGCUUGCAUCACAUUUUUUCUUCCUGUUUUUAAUAUUUCUCACUUUCCUAAAUGUUUGCGUCAGGCAAUCAAUACUAGGAUGAUGCAUUAACUGGAGCAGAUUUCUGCUGGACAGACAGUUGGGAGUUGUGACGGUACGCAGCUGAAGGUUAUCCACAAUCGGAGUUGUGCUGGAAAGAAGGGACUGGGGUGUCGGAUUGCACUUUUUUUUUUUUUUAAACAAAGGGGUAGCUAGAGAUUCCCUUUUUGUACCCAUAGCUCUCAAAAGUAUGUAUAUUAUAUGAAAUUACCAUAAGAUAUUAGUGUUCAAGGUGUUUAGAUCAUUUUGUGUGGAUAUUUUCAGAGACCCCAAAAUGUGGAUGAGCGAACGAGUUCUGCUUGUUAGAUGUCGAACAAAGUUUUCAUCAGCAAUCACUGAUGAUUUUGAGUGAAAUAUCAGAAAUGGUUCUUAACUACAUUAUUAUUAUUAGUAGCAUCUCUUUAAUUUUUUAUUAUUGUUUUUGCUAACAAAUUGGUGGUAACUAGAGACUAUAUGUGUCAUUUCUUUUUCUUGAUUUAGAAAUUGUGAGAAUCUUUGCAUUUUCUGCCCUUCAUUGAACAAGAAACCUUUUACUUGCAUUUUGUAAUGUUUUAAGGAUAUUUUUGUCAUGCCUCCCCCAAAGUAGACGUUUAAUAUUUUAAUGAUGUAAAUUUAUGUGAUUUGUUGUUACAGGUUAGGGAAGGGAUGGAAGACCUUACUGGGUGAAUCUCAGAAUCUCACAAAAACAUAUCCAGGUCACAUUUUACCCCAACAUUUACAAAUUGAGUUAAUCUAGUAUUAUUAAAAAUAUAUUUAACUAACUCUCUCUCUCUUUCUCUCCAUUCUUAGUGGUGGUUCUUAUAUUGUCAUUACUGUAUGAAUGAGGUUAGCCUUUUUUAUGUUGUCAUGAAAAUAGUAACAAUGCAAAUUUUGUGGUAAAAUAUUUCUUGGCCAUGUUCUGGUCAGGUGUUUUGAGAUUCACUGUACUUCCAAAGGGGAACUUUUUUUUUUAAUUAUUCUGAAAUGCCAUAGCUUGGUUGUAGUCAUAUUUACAUUGAAAACACUGUACUAUUAUUAUUUGAUCUACAAAGCGUGGGUUUUCAAAACUUGUUGGUAUUGCUUGCAUUCGGAGGAAUCUUUCAUAAGGGUGUAGUUCUUGUUAACCCCUGUGACUGGUUUAACAUGGUUAAUUAUCCAUGAGUCUGUUUUCAUGCUCAUAGGCAUGCUCAAAUAAAAAUGUGUGAUUGUGUCCUAUCAGCUGGUCCACUCCCAUCACAGAAAGCAUUAGUGUGUUUCUUGAUGACAUUUUGUACAUUUCUUUUUUCAAUCUCAUGUGAGUUUGUUUUCAUCUUCAGAAUGUACUGUUCUAAAAGAUAAAUAAUUUGGGCACUUUAAUACCAUAAAACUUUAAGAUUAAGCCAUACAAAUUUGGUCCACAUAUCCAAAGUCUUCGAUGUUUUAUAUAUAAAGACCAGUAACGCUGACAGUUCAUGAAAAUAACUGAUCAUUUCUAAAAUCAUUAGCAGUUAUUGUCAGAUGAGUCACUGGACAUUUUUUUUUUUUUUUGGAUGCACAUUAAAACUAGAUAUCCUUAAACUCUUACUUUAGAAACAUUUUGUCUUCCUCUCAAAGGACAUUUGGGGAAGAUGUCAUUUGUAGGCCUUUAUUGAACAAGCUAGCGUUUCACUGUACCAUGGGGAAAAAGUGUGUCAGUUGUAAAUUGAAUUAUGUUGAUGCUUUCUUCUUUUUUAAACCAUUUAUCAAGGGAUCAUUGAAAAUUGUUCUGUACACUUUUGUUACGCUGAGUCUAAUGAAAAGAAAGAGUGAUGUUUCUGUGAAACUUCUUGUAAACCGUUGUUAAUAAAGAGAUGAUUUUAAUGACAA